GUGUGGGAGGGCGGGGACGCUGAACCAGCGGAGACGGGCUACAGAGGCGCAGAAUCCCGGAACUUGAAGCGGUCGGAAACGAGCUAACGUCGGCUAGCUUUUCGUUGACAGCGUGAGUUUGCUGUCAAAACUCAGGAGGAGCGAAGGCGGAAGUCUCGGGGUUUGCUUUCUCGCGCCGUGCGCUCGUUUUCCAGCUUUCCGGGCUUUUAUUUGCGCGUUAAAAUCUCUGGAGUUUCCGCCACUUUUUUUAUUUAUUUAUAAAGAGAAGAAAAAAAAAAAAAAAACACUUGUGGAGCCAGACGAUGGCAUCGAGAGGGGGCUUCCCUGCUCCCCAGAUGAGUCCGUCCUUAAGCCACAUGACUGUUGGCCAUGUCACGGCCAUGAGGAUGCCCGGGAUGCCGCAGCCUCCUUCGGGUUACCCCAGAAGCAUGAGCAGCACUCCCCAGUACCACCAGCGUUCUGGGAUGCCACCCAGCAGAGUGGGGGGUCCCAUGGGCUCGAUGGGGGGUCAGAUGCCCGGUCCUUCUUACGGCGGUGGCGGCCUUCCUAUGCGGCCGGGCAUGGGCCAUCCUGGCAUGGACGUUUCACGGAAGCGCUUCCUUCACCAGCAGCAUCAACAGCAGCAGGAGGCGCUUGGAGGCCUGAGGAGAGGAGCCAAAAGGCGCAAAAUGGCCGACAAGGUUCUCCCACAAAGGAUCCGGGAUCUGGUCCCAGAGUCUCAGGCCUACAUGGAUCUUCUGGCCUUUGAGAGGAAGCUGGAUCAGACCAUCGCUCGAAAGCGCAUGGAGAUCCAGGAGGCCAUCAAAAAGCCCAUCAUGCAAAAGCGCAAGCUUCGGAUCUACAUUUCCAACACGUACACUCCCAGCAAGCCUGAGGGAGAGGAAUCUGAGAAAGUGUCCUCCUGGGAGCUGAGAGUGGAGGGCAAACUCCUGGAGGAACCCGGUAAGCAGAAGAAGAAGUUCUCCUCCUUCUUCAAGAGUCUUGUGAUUGAGCUCGAUAAGGAGCUUUAUGGACCCGACAAUCACUUGGUGGAGUGGCACAGAAUGCCCACAACUCAGGAGACGGAUGGUUUCCAGGUCAAACGGCCGGGCGACGUGAACGUCAAGUGCACUCUCCUGCUCAUGCUUGACCACCAGCCCCCGCAGUACAAGCUGGACCCUCGUCUGGCCCGUCUUCUGGGUGUGCACACGCAGACGCGGGCCAACAUCAUGCAAGCUCUCUGGCUCUACAUCAAGAACAACAAGCUGCAGGAUGGUCACGAGAAAGAGUUCAUCAACUGCAACCGCUAUUUCAGACAGAUCUUUGGAUGUCCACGCAUGAAGUUCUCUGAGAUUCCCAUGAAACUGGCUGGCUUGCUGCACCACCCUGACCCCAUCAUCAUCAACCACAUCAUCAGUGUGGACCCCACAGAUCAGAAGAAGACGGCCUGUUACGAUAUUGAUGUGGAGGUGGACGACCCUCUGAAGGCCCAAAUGAACAGCUUCCUGUCCUCCACCACCAACCAACAGGAAAUUGCGGCUCUUGAAAUGAAGAUCCAUGAAACCAUCGAGUACAUCAACACACUUAAAACGGAGAGAGACUUUAUGCUGAGCUUCAGCAAUAAUCCACAAGAUUUCAUCAAGGACUGGUUGAAGUCUCAGUGCCGAGAUCUGAAGCUGAUGACGGAUGUAACAGGAAACCCAGAGGAAGAGAGGAAGACUGAGUUUUACCAGGCACCCUGGGUUCCAGAAGCAGUGGGCAGAUACGUUUAUUCCAAAGUGCAGCAGAGGAGGCAAGAGUUGGAGCAAGUGUUGGGCAUCCGACUCACCUAAACACACAUUCCAGAGUCGUCCCGGCCGAAGUCAGCUCAUCUGAUAAUGUGUGCUUGUUUGAAACUGGAAAUAGUUCAGCCAUUGUUGCAGGUUAAAAAUGUAUCUUACAAGAAUGUGGGAGAAAAAUUGGGAUUUCUGUGUUAUUCAGUAUUGUUUUUGCUUUGCAUUUCCGUCAUUGUGAGCAUUUUUUAAAUGUUUCCUUGUAUUACAUAUUUUAUUAUAUGGUACAAAAUCCUAAAAACCGAUAAGUGCUGGUGCUAUUUUUUUAUUAUUCUUUUUUAGUUAUUAGUCUGUAUGCUUUAUGAAAAAGGUCUUUAUUCUUAUUUUGAAAUAAGCAGAGACCUUUAGAUAUUGAAAGUGCCCAACGUCUGCUAACUAAUGCUUUGGAGCAUUGUAAAACUUGCCAUUCCAUUUUGAUGUACAUGAUGUUGUACCUGAAAACAUUUUUUUUUAUCCAAUAGAAAAGAAAAUAUCCAAACAGAAAACUUUUUUUUAUCCAAAAAUAUAUAUUUUGGUAAUAUGUGCUGUUUAUGUUUUUGAUAUUCUUUUAGCAUUUGAUACGUGAGUGGGCAUGAUUGUCCACAUCUGAAAGCGUUUGACUUCAGUGGCUUUUUCUACUACCUUUUAAAGGUUUACAUGUUGUUUAUCUCUUUGUGUUUUUCAUUGUUUCAGGACCAAAAAGAGGAACCUUGGCAGACUUUGUUGAAGUUUCUAAAUAAUUAAAAGUGCAAAUUCAAAUGUAUCGGAUCAACAAAAAGAACUCGUGAGGAGUUUAACUGUAAUGCUCUGUUAAGGUUGAACCGUUCCACCUUAUUGUGCCAAAAUGUGCUUUGUGAAUGAGAAAUGUGUACAAGUACCUUUGUACAGCUCCUUUUUAAAAUGUUUGCUUUUUGUUUGUUCAAAAAGGCUUUAUCUUUUAUACAUUUGAGGUAUUUUUCAAUAAACGUACUUACAAAUGUUUUCAAA